UUCACCACCCAAAUCCCAAAGCUCAGUAUUUCUGAAUUUGUUCAACUAGACUUGAACAUCAACACACGCCUAUCAACAACACCUAUCUCAAGAGUCGGAAUUGAAGGAGAUCUUGCAAAUCGUAAAUCCCCAAAGCAUGGAUCUUAAUCCACCUCAAGGGGAGAAUUAUGCUCAUCCACAAAUAUGCUUCUUCCAUGUGCUUUUCAAGGGUGCUGCCUUGGCCUUUUAUAUUCUUUCAGCCCUAUUUGUGGAUAAUUUUGUCAUCAUAUUUGUGGUCACUGUACUUCUAGCUGCACUUGAUUUUUGGGUUGUCAAGAAUGUAAGCGGUCGCAUCUUAGUGGGCCUCAGGUGGUGGAAUGAAAUCAAUGACGACGGUGAGAGUGUAUGGAAAUUUGAAUGCCUUGACCAAGAGUCAAUGGCUCGAAUGAACAAGAAGGAUUCAUGGCUGUUCUGGUGGACCUUAUACAUUACGGCGGUUGCAUGGAUCUUUUUUGCCAUAUUCUCAUUGAUUAGGUUCCAAGCUGAUUAUCUUCUCGUUGUUGGUGUGUGCUUGACCCUUAGCAUUGCUAAUAUCAUCGGCUUCACUAAAUGUCGGAAAGGUUCGUCUACGAUGGAUGCAUAUCUCAAGUGUUGGAUUUUACAAUUCUACUUUAGUGACUUGUCCACAACUGUUUUUACUUGCUUUCUGUAUGAAUGUGCACACUCUUCUGCUUAGUGCAUAAAUUACUUUGACUGCUGCUGAUGCCUCUACUUGCAUUAUCUUGCUAUUGGUGAUACACUUAAACGUUGGAUGUUUUGUUUUUUACACACAUUAUCUACUUUUACACUCUCCAUUUUUGUUGUAGCCUGCCAAGUUCUUUUUUUGACCAGAGAAUAAUUCAUGCAAAUUUGAGUCUUAACUUUAAACCCGGAAAGUCAAAAUAUUCGUCUAAUUAUUUCUGUCCAUGAUAUGCUUUUACUCGGUUCACCUUUUGUCUUGCAGAUGCUAAGAAGCAGCUUCAGCAAUUUGCUUCCCAGACCAUUGCUUCUCGUUUCCAGUCUACCAUUCAGUCAGCAUUUAGUGUCGUUUGAGUUGCUUACACUAUCAAUCAGAGGAGAAGCGAUAUGCAGUCAAGCAGAUUUUAUUUGUUUAUCGUGUAAAUGAACAUUAAAUGUGGUCAUAUAUGUGGAAGUGUUGCUCAUAUACUGGUGUAGACAGAGGAAAGUGCAUGUCUGUGUACCAUUUUGAUAUCAGAAGGUUUUGUAAUACGUAAAAGCAAAGGGACAUCUUGUUUAUUA